CGGUUCACUUCAGAGGAAGUGAGCGGCGGCUGAGAAAGUAACAUGGCUACUUUCAGGUUGUCGGGGAGCAGAUCAGUCAGAUUGCUUUACGCGCUCGGAGGAGGAGGGCGGGCGCCGGCCAGAUUCUAUCAAACUGAAAAGAAUGACUCAGCACGCCUUGAAACCUCCUCUGCUAAAACUCUAAUGGACAUAGGAACUCGGAGGAUCUUCUCUUCAGACCAUGACAUUUUCCGGCAAAGUGUGAGAAAAUUCUUCCAGGAAGCUGUGGUUCCAUAUCAUGCAGAGUGGGAAAAAGCUGGACAGGUAAGCCGAGAGCUCUGGGAAAAAGCUGGAGAGCAGGGAUUGUUGGGUAUCACUAUAUCCGAAGAACAUGGUGGCAUUGGUGGGGAUAUCUUUUCUUCAGCAAUUGUUUUGGAAGAGCAAAUGUAUGUCAACUGUACAGGCCCAGGAUUCAGUCUCCACUCUGAUAUUGUCAUGCCCUAUAUUUCACUCUAUGGUUCAAAAGAGCAAAUCGAAAAGUAUAUUCCAAAAAUGGUGGCAGGCAAAUGUAUUGGUGCGAUAGCCAUGACAGAACCUGGGGCAGGAAGCGACUUGCAGGGUAUGCGGACAAAUGCUAAAAAGGAUGGGAGUGAUUGGAUUCUAAACGGCAGCAAGGUAUUCAUUACUAAUGGCUGGAUGUGUGACUUAGUGAUUGUAGUGGCUGUUACAAACCGCGAGGCCCGUUCCCCUGCUCAUGGCAUUAGCCUUUUUCUAGUAGAAGAUGGAAUGAAAGGAUUCAUCAAAGGGCGUAAGCUUGACAAAAUAGGACUCAAAGCCCAGGACACAGCAGAGCUAUUUUUUGAAGAUGUCCGUCUGCCGGCCAGUGCCUUGCUUGGAGAGGAGAACAAAGGCUUCUAUUAUCUCAUGGCAGAGCUUCCUCAGGAAAGAUUGUUGAUUGCUACCCUAGCGAUUGCCAGUUGUGAAUUCAUGUUUGAAGAAACAAGAAACUAUGUUAAACAAAGAAAAGCUUUUGGGAAAACAAUUGCACAUUUACAGACUGUACAGCACAAGCUAGCAGAACUGAAAACACAAAUUUGUGUAGGUCGGAUAUUUUUGGAUAGCUGCCUCCACCUUCACUCGGAGAAACGCCUGGAUUCUGCCACUGCUUCAAUGGCCAAAUAUUGGGCCUCUGAUCUCCAAAACAGUGUGGCUACUCAGUGUGUACAACUCCAUGGAGGAUGGGGCUAUAUGUGGGAGUAUCCAAUUGCAAAAUCGUUUGUAGACUCUCGUGUUCAGCCAAUCUAUGGUGGUACUAAUGAAAUAAUGAAAGAGCUCAUUGCUAGGGAUAUCGUUAUUGACAAGUAGGCCUAUAGCUCUGCUGAGGGACCUUCCCUGAAUCCCUUUUCAGUAGAUAAUUGAAUGCAAAAAUGGAUUUUGAAAGGAAGAUAGCAUAAGUCUAAUUGAAGAAGAAGAAAUGGCAUUUAAAAAGUUAAAAGAAUUGUUAUGAGAAUUACAUACCCUUUUGGAUCUGCAAUGUUAAUUUUUGUUGCACUGUGGCCCUUCUCCAAUGAAGUGACUCCAAAUGUAUUCAAAAAAGCAAGUGACGUAUACUAAUAAGGCAAACAAAUACCAUAUUCUUGAUAUUAUCUAAGAAUUAUUUAAUGUAAUUCAAUCUAAUCCUAAGCAUUCAGAAUUAAACAUGACAUAUGACAUAUUGGAAGUUAGAUAUUAACAAAGUUUACAUGCAACCCAAAUUGCCUUGUUUUGAUUUGUACUUAUUUUUAUAGAGCAAUAAAUGAAAGUGUUUAAAUACCAAAA